CAGUUACCCAUGUGGGGUUUUUAAUAAGGUGGAUGCAGGAGUUGGUCUUGCUCUCUUCUGGGUGACGCGGAUUGGAAGGGGUUCUCCAUAUUUUCACCAAACAAUUUUGUUUUUUGGGGUGUUUUUUCGUUUUGUCUUCACUAUCUUAGAGAGGAGCCAUGAAGUGGACCUGGGUGCUUGUGGCAGUUUUGCUGUCCGUAGCAGGGCUAUCACUGGGCAAGGACAGCUUGGACUUCCCCGAGUAUGAUGGCAAGGACCGCGUCCACGACCUCAACACCAAGAACUAUAAGUCUGUGAUGAAGAAGUACGAUGUCAUGGUGGUGUACUACCAUGACCAUCCCGGAUCCAGCCGCGUCGCCCAGAGACAGUUUGAGAUUGAGGAGUUGGCCCUUGAGCUUGCAGCCCAGGUCCUGGAUGAGUUUGAUGAUGAGGAUAUUGGAGUCGGUCUCAUUGAUGCAAAGCACGACAAAGUUGUUGCAAAGAAACUAGGCCUUGAUGAGUCCGACAGCAUCUUCAUCUUCACAGAUGAUGAGGUCAUAGAAUAUGACGGCGAGCUUGCUGCAGACACUCUUGUGGAGUUCAUCUUUGAUGUUCUAGAGGACCCCGUGGAAAUUAUUGAUAAUAGUAAGGAACUGAAAGGCUUCAAAAACAUUGAAGAGGACAUCAAAUUGGUGGGCUACUUUAAGAGUCACAAGUCAGAACAUUUUGAGGCUUUCGCCGAUGCUGCAGAAGAGUUCCACCCUCACAUCAGCUUCUUUGCCACAUUCAAUACCAAGGUUGCCAAGGCUCUGGACCUGAAGCUCAAUGAGGUCGACUUCUAUGAACCCUUCAUGGAUGAUCCAGUGGUCAUCCCUGGAAAGCCUUACACUGAGGAUGAGCUGGUGAAAUUCAUUGAAGACAAUGACAGGCCAACCCUGAGGAAGCUGCAACCACACAACAUGUAUGAGAUCUGGGAUGACGAUAUGGAUGGUGAACAUAUCAUUGCUUUCGCCGAGGAGGCCGACCCAGAUGGUUAUGAGUUCCUGGAGAUCCUGAAGCAAGUUGCCGAGGACAACACUGACAACCCUGACCUCAGUAUUGUCUGGAUUGACCCUGAUGACUUCCCCCUGCUUCUGCCACACUGGGAGAAGACUUUUGGCAUUGACCUGUCCUCUCCACAGAUUGGUGUUGUCGAUACUGAUGAUGCUGACAGUGUGUGGAUGGACAUGGAUGACGGAGAAGACCUGCCAUCCGUGGACGAGCUGGAAGACUGGAUUGAGGAUGCUCUGUCAGGUGUGAUCGAUCCUGAUCAUGAUGAUGAUGAUGAUGACGAUGAUGAUGAUGAUGACGAUGAUGAUGACGAUGAUGAUGAUGAUGAUGAUGAUGACGAUGAUGAUGAUGAUGAUGAUGAUGAUUAUUAAACCAUUAAGUCGUAGCGUUGUCUUUAAGUCUGACCAAUGCAGUUUCAAGAGUCAACAUCAUCCACUCUGUCAGUGUCAUCUUUUGUAACUAGUUCUUUUGUUGAACUCAUCAGUUCAUUUUGAUAUCUCAUUAUUUCAUCAUCCUUGCUCUGCAUCUCACAGAACCAUAUUCCACCACUCGUUUAUCCCUCUCUCCUACAUAUUCUGUAAUCCUCCAUGCAACCAAGUUCUCUCUAACAUCCCACAGUACCUUUAUUCCCACAUGUAACACUGUCUGGUACAAUAAAAAGAAGAAAUUCUUUCAAAACCUUGCCAUCUACCGCUAUUGAUUUUUAUAUUAUUAAAGUUUUUAUUUUACAAAGUACUGGAGGGGUUGCAACGUUGUAUACAUUAUGUCUGAGUACAUCUGUGGAGUCUGUCUGUUCUAUUUAUUUACAUAUUACCCUUUUUUUUUUGCCCCAGUAUCGAAACAGGUGCAGUCAGAUUGAGGGUGCUAGCAGGCUUUUCUGACGGGUCCUAAGUAUCACCAGCUAACUCUAUGAACUCAAUGUAAUGUUAUACACUGAAAGUGCUGUACAUCAUAUGGAUGUUUUCUACAAUGAUGAAAUAUGACAACAGCCGUAUUCUAUUUUUGUAACAAGAGAAAUUUAACUUACUGUAAAGUCUUAAAUAAACGACAGCUUGGACAGAAACCCCA